AUGAGCUUAAUCAGGCCAGCCGAAAACCUAAACAGUGAUCUGCGCCUCCGCGGGAAUGGCGAGGAAUCAAAAACCGUGAAAGAAAAGCCGUCGCAGAGCAACUCGAUAUUGCCCGUCAACUCGAAUGGCUCCAAGCGACGAUAUGGCCUCUUUCGGGUCAAAUCCGCGGGAGAGAGCGGUCGGACUGGAAUCCACCCGUGGCACCUCCUCAAAGUAUGCUUCAAGAGUGUUUGCACUCUGUCCAUGGUGGUGAACAUCCUAUGGCCCUUUGUCCCGGCGGCCAUCGUGAUGCACUUCGCUCGACCCGAUCUUCAUGUCUGGGUGUUCAGUCUCAAUUACAUCGCCAUGGUGCCCUCGGCAAAUCUACUCGGUUUCGCAGGUGGAGAGCUAGCCAAGAAGCUACCCAAGAUGUUGGGCAUCUUGGUUGAGACGACACUCAGCUCCGUGGUGGAACUGGUCCUUUUCAUGGUGCUAUUGCACAAUCAUGACAAAACCGAACAUGCCAAUCUGAUCCCCGUUAUUCAGGCCGCGAUCCUCGGUUCCAUUAUGGCAAACCUGCUGCUUUGCCUGGGCAUGUGCUUCUUUGUUGGUGGUAUCCGACGCGAGGAGCAGGUCUUCCACGAAGCGGUCAGUGAGGUUGGCACGGGACUACUGCUUGUUGCAGGCUUCGGACUUUUGAUCCCUAGUGCCUUUUACUCGGCGCUGCGUGGGAGCGUCAAUGAAGAGUUCACGCUGUAUGAAUUAGGCGAUUAUGCCCUCACAAUUAGCCGUGCCACUUCGGUUAUUCUUCUCGUAGCAUUUUUGACCUACCUGGUCUUCAACCUACACAGCCACAACUCCAUCUUCGACGAAGUCUUAGCGCAAGACGAAGAUAAUGAUGAAGAUAGACACGAAGAACGCGCCAGGGCCAAACUCACGUUGAUCGAGUGCUUCGUUGCAAUUACGGUCUCCCUGACUUGUGUUUGUAUGUCUGCCGUCUUUCUGGUCCAAGAGAUCGAGUUCAUUGUGGCCCGUGGUGUCUCGGACAAUUUCCUCGGUUUGAUCCUUGUCCCGCUGGUCGAAAAGGCUGCCGAACAUCUUACUGCUGUGGAUGAAGCCUGGGAUAACCAAAUUAACUUUGCACUCUUCCACUGUCUGGGCCCUUCUAUUCAGACUGCACUGCUGAAUGCACCACUCACUGUCAUUGUUGGCUGGGCAAUGGACAAGGAGAUGAGUUUGAACUUUGAAAUCUUCAUGGUUGUCCUCCUUGUCCUCUCGAUUUUGGUUGUUGGCAACUUCUUGCGGGAUGGCAAAUCUAAUUACCUCGAAGGAGCUCUUUGUGUUUUGGUAUAUUUCAUCGUGGCUGUUUGCACUUGGUACUAUCCUGGUGUGGAAAUUGCUUCGACGAAUCAGUCUUAA